AUGACGGCAGCUCCAACGCCCAUCUGUCACAAAGAACUAACCAAAAACCACAAGGUAGAGGAGCAGAUCGAGGUGGUGGAUCAAUGGCUGUCCCAGGUAGCGGAGCAGAUCGAGGUGGUGGAUCAAUGGCUGUCCCAGGUAGCGGAGCAGAUCGAGGUGGUGGAUCAAUGGCUGUCCCAGGUAGAGGAGCAGAUCGAGGUGGUGGAUCAAUGGCUGUCCCAGGUAGAGGAGCAGAUCGAGGUGGUGGAUCAAUGGCUGUCCCAGGCAGGGGAGCAGAUCGAGGUGGUGGAUCAAUGGCUGUCCCAGGUAGCGGAGCAGAUCGAGGUGGUGGAUCAAUGGCUGUCCCAGGUAGCGGAGCAGAUCGAGGUGGUGGAUCAAUGGCUGUCCCAGGUAGAGGAGCAGAUCGAGGUGGUGGAUCAAUGGCUGUCCCAGGUAGAGGAGCAGAUCGAGGUGGUGGAUCAAUGGCUGUCCCAGGUAGAGGAGCAGAUCGAGGUGGUGGAUCAAUGGCUGUCCCAGGCAGGGGAGCAGAUCGAGGUGGUGGAUCAAUGGCUGUCCCAGGCAGGGGAGCAGAUCGAGGUGGUGGAUCAAUGGCUGUCCCAGGUAGCGGAGCAGAUCGAGGUGGUGGAUCAAUGGCUGUCCCAGGCGGAGGAGCAGAUCGAGGUGGUGGAUCAAUGGCUGUCCCAGGUAGAGGAGCAGAUCGAGGUGGUGGAUCAAUGGCUGUCCCAGGCAGGCAGACUGACUGGACAACUCUGUGGCUAUGAGGCUAUGGUAGGCAGGAGCUUUUCAUCAGACACAGCAGAGGAACGACUGGGGGGAAGGAGCUCCAAACAUACAAUCUUAGAUUGCUUAUUGUUGUUGGAGUGGUGGUAGGGGGACGCAGGCAGGAUAGGUGG